AUGAACAAUACGCUGCAACACUGGAGGGAAGCUGCCACCCUGAUUUUAGCUGCUGGUUUGCAACAUGGAAACAUCAUUCCCAAAAUGGCAUCUCAGAUGUCUAGGAACGACCGUAGAAAAAGUACAUUCGAUUACGAGGUGUUAUUACUGAAGCGCAGCCAGAAGAGCGGCUUCAUGCCCAACGCUUUUGUGUUCCCUGGAGGGGUGGUCGAUGUCUCUGACUUCUCCAACGACUGGAUCCACGUCUUCCAGAGACAUGUCAACAAACCAAACUUUGGCCUUGGUGUGGUCAGGCAAUCCUCCAGCACCAGGUCUCCUAUGUUUGUUACAGACAGGAAGAAAUUUGGGUCGUUGAUCCCCGGGGAGGUCGCCUUCAGGAUCUGUGCCAUCAGAGAGACGUUUGAGGAAUCUGGAAUACUGCUGGUGGUUCCCGAAAGUGCCGAAUUUGAUGCUAGCCAAGACCUAAUGGACGCUUAUGGUGGAGAGGAAAUGGCUAAGUGGAGGGAGGAGGUCCAGAACAAUCCGCUGCAGUUUAUUGAGAUGUGCAAGGAGCUGCAUUGUGUUCCAAACAUCUGGGCCCUGCAUGAGUGGGGCAACUGGCUGACACCCCCGUUCUCUAAGAGUUCUCGGGCCAGGCGCUUCGACACUGCCUUCUACAUUGCCUGUCUGCAGAAGAAGCCGGUCACCGUAGAUGAUCAAAAGGAAAUGACUACCUUUAACUGGUGGACUCCUCAGGAAGCCAUUGAUGAGUACAGGGGUCAGGGAACAUGGAUUCCUCCUCCGCAGUUCUACAAUCUGAGCAGAUUAUGCCAUUUCACCAGCCUUCAUGAGCUCCACAGGUUCAGUUACAAUCGCGCCUUGGAAGGAUGUGAAAGGUGGAUGCCGGUUACGGUGCACGCUGAGGAUGGUAUGGUACAUGCACUACCAGGGGAUGAACUUUACCCCGAGGAUCCAGACAUCACAGGACAAAAAAUGUAUUCCACAAAUAAAACCAUCAAGGUCCUCAUCCAGGAAGGGGGGCGUCUUCACCGAUUAUUACACAUUGAUGGCGUUGCAACCUUCUUUAUAAAUCUGCCACCAAAAUAUAAACAUGUCAAUCCACUUCUAACAGAUGUCAGUCGUGAUCCAGAACCCAAGAGCAAAAUUUAA